UAUCCAUUCGAUGACAUGGGAGAUGGAUAAAACCACUGUUUCUUCCACCAUUUCUUCUCCCUCAUUCUUCUUCUUUAUAUAUACCCAUGGCCAACUCCAUCUUCAAAACUCUCCCUCCCACAGCUAAAAACAAUACCCAAUUUCCAAUUUUAUCCCCAAUCCAUCAUUUUUGUGAAAAGUCAUUUCCUUUCUUAUGGAGUUCUUCUCCGAUAACUCUGUUUCUUCUCCCCUGUUCUGGGUCUUCUCUCUUCUCCUCAUUUCCCAUGGGGCUUCGGGAGCUAAAUUUACGUUUGUGAACAAAUGCGAUUUCACGGUUUGGCCGGGAAUUCUCUCCGGCGCCGGUAGCUUGAAACUCGACACCACCGGAUUCGAGCUCCGGCGGGGCGGGUCGAGAUCUUUCCAAGCUCCGGCCGGCUGGUCCGGCCGCUUCUGGGGCCGGACCGACUGCAAUUUCGACGGCGCCGGUCGUGGGGUGUGUGUCACCGGAGAUUGUGGGUCCGGCGAAAUUGAGUGCAACGGCGCCGGAGCCGCCCCGCCGGCGACUCUGGCGGAGUUCACGCUCGGCUCGACGGACUUCUACGACGUCAGCCUCGUCGACGGCUAUAACUUGCCGAUGAUCGUAGAGGGGACCGGCGGGACCGGCGCGUGCGGGUCGACCGGGUGCGUGACGGACUUGAACCGGCAGUGCCCGACGGAGCUGAAGGCGGAGAACGGCGGGGCGUGUAGAAGCGCGUGUGAGAAGUUUGGGACGGCGGAGUACUGCUGCAGCGGCGCGUAUGGGUCACCCGCCACCUGUAAGCCGUCGAAAUACUCGGAGAUUUUCAAAUCGGCGUGUCCUCGGUCGUAUAGCUACGCGUACGACGACGCGACGAGCACUUUCACCUGCUCCGGCGCCGAUUAUACAGUCACAUUCUGCCCCUCUUCCCCAAGCCUGAAAUCAUCGACAGAUUCCUCACCGACGACGGCGGCAGGGGAGGCGGCAAGCGCCGGGGCGGCGGCGGCGGCGCUGCCUGAAAAUUCAUGGCUGACUGAUUUGGCCGUUGGAGAGUCAAGCAGAAGACAGCCAGAUUUGGGUUUUCUUGUGUUGGUGUUGAUUUUGGGAAGCUCUUUCUUCCUCUCAUAUUUAAAUUUGCAUUUUUCUUAGCAUUAAAAAAAAAAAAAAAGAGCAUCAAAAUUUUAAAAUCCCAUGGAUGAAGAAGAUGAUUUGGGAACAAAAAUGGAUUCACAUUUCAGCCUAAACCAAUUUCCAUUUUCAAGCAUUCCAACCACUAAAUUAAAAUUUACCUGUAUAUAAAAAUGUUUAAUUUUAACUCUAAAGUCUUUUUUUAUUCACAAUUUUCUUUUAAAGAUUAAUCUAUUUUAAUUCAACUCUUGAAUUGUGUUAUUUCAUUUCGUGGGUGCGUGAUGGUGUUUGUUCCUCUAAACUCAGCCAUGUGUAUUAUUUUUCAUUGGACGCUAAACUUUGAUAAGUAUUUGAAAUUUUUAUCC